AUGGUUCAUAUGCAAUGUGUAACCGGAGUUCCAUAUAUGUGCUUCAAAUGUGGAAAGAGUUAUAAAGUUAAAAGGAGCCUGAACAGACACCUUAAAGUAGAAUGUGGGAAAGCCAAGACUAUGAUUUGUCGAUAUUGCAAUCAGAGUUAUUAUUACAAGCAGGAACUGCAAUGCCACAUGUUCAACAAACAUAAAUUGUUAAACUUUAUUAUUCUAAAAUUGUGCUUAAUUUUAGGAAAUGUAUUCCGUUGCAAAAAAUGUCCAAGAAUCUACAGAUACGCCACUUCCCUCUACAAUCAUGUUAGAUACGAGUGCGGAAAGGAGCCCAAGUUUAUCUGCAGCUUUUGUCCAUACAAAGCCAAGCGAAAACACUGCCUUAAAGAUCAUCUCAAAGCAAUACAUCAAGUAGAUCCUACUAUUUAUUUACAACCCUUAGAUGGUUAAGUUUGUCCUUUAAGAGGGUAGGCGCAAAAUUUCGGCUCCAAUGCUUUUUAAAUGCAUUCAUCUUUUUGGAAUCCUGGCAAAACUUAUAAAUAUUUUUGAAAAAUUUAAACGCGGAAUGAAAGAUUACAUUAUUACCGAGGGACGCAAAUCCCUUAGAGUAAAAAAGUUUCUUUUAAAUAAGAUAUUUAAAAUUAAAAAUCACACUAACUUUCCUGUUUUUUACCCCUUUAAUUUAUUAAGGUAAACAUUAUAGAAAUUUUCAGGGACUUUCGGCCCUCGGUAAUAACAUAAUCUUUCAUUCUGCGUUUAAAUUUUUCAAAAAUGCUUAUUAGUUUUCUCAUGAUUUCAAAAAAAUGAAUACAUUUAAAAGAGUUGGAGCCGAAAUUUUGUUCCGACCCCCUUAAAAGUGAAGUUUUUGUUGUAUAUAUUUUUUAUAAAAAUGGUGAAAGGUAAUUAAACAGGUAGGAGUAAAAAAUUGUAAUAUUUAUAACGUCAUUGUACCUAAAUCAGAAAUAAUAUAAGUUUUGUAUUACAUACGUCUAAGAACAAUUGACAGAGCUCGACCGAAUAUAAAAUAAUUCGGAAAAUUAUUUUAAAAAACGAGAACUAAACCAUUAAAGCAAACAUAACUCAGAAAAAUGUGCAAAUAAAUGAACCUACUUGAUAAGUAUUCCUUAUGGAAUGAAUAGGUACGACUCUGUGUUAUAUCACAAAUCAUUUGUUUCUUUUUUAUUGAAGGUAGCUAUACUGUUAUUAUACUGUUGUUUACGUACCUGUAAAUGUUCCUGUUUUGUGCACGAGGACAAAACAGGAUUUAAAAGGUUUCCUCGUUCACUACUGUUUUACAUUUUAUUUCAUUGUUAAGGAUCAAAAAAUUAAUUUCUUCUCCUUUUGAUUAAUAGAAGUAAUUUAUUAUUUAACUUUAGACUUAACUAUGUACAAUAAUUACAUUUUAAUAUUUUGUUAAUCAAAUAUUUUUUGUACAUUUAAUAUUAGGUUAAUAUUUUAUAUUUUGUACUAAUAAUUUUAUAUACUUAAA